AUGGAUGAUUUGCGGAAAAAUGAUAAUACGCGAAAAGAACCUUCAAGAGAAGAUUUAUUACGACUCUUGUCAUCUUUUGAAGGUGAACUUCAAGCUCGGGAUAUUGUCAUCGCUGCUUUAAAGUCAGAAAGAACGAAGCAAAUUCUUUGCGAAGUGAAAUAUGGUCAUUUGGUUGCAAACGAUCCAUUCAAAGCGUUGCAGCGUGAUUCAAAUUUUGAUGAAGAAAAUGAAUUCGACGAAAAUGCUGUGGGAAAAAUGUACGAAAGUCAAAUAUCUCUACUGGAACGUCUUAUUUCAGUGCAGCGUCGUUCUCAUCAACGUUCUCAGCAAAUUUUGGCUGCUUCAGAAAGACGGCAUUUGCGAAUUUUAAGAGAGUUAGAUGAGGAAAAAAAGCGAUCAGUUGCAGAUGCCGCACAAGGCGACGAUAUAUGUGCUCUUCUGGAAAACGAUAGGGCUCGGCUGCGACAGCAAUUAGAAUACGAACAACGUGAAAACGAUAAAUUACAUAAAGAAAUUGAAAAACUGGAAAAACGAUUGUUAGAUGAAAAGGAACGGCAUAAAUCGAUUGUACUUUUUCUCAUAAAUGAAAGAAAACAAUUGUUAUUGAAUAUGUAUGAGUUGAAAAUGCGUAAUGAUAGCAGUGCUGUCGCCUAUAUACAGCAAGAGCCACUAAUUGCCGAAAUGCGUAAGGAAAUAAUUUCGCUACGAUCUGAGCGCGAUCAUUUAAAAAAGUCUUUUGAAUCAGCAAAAACUAAUGUUACUUCUUUAAAAGAGGUAAUAAAAAGUCAAGAAGGAGAUUUGACGUUAAUGCGCAAUAGUAUGCUAGCUAAUUCCAGAUUUACGAACAAUGCAACUCAUUCUCUUAAAUAUCCCAACAAUCUUCAAGUGACUGGUGAUGGUUCUCUUAUUGUCGUCAAUAAAGCAAUAUCAGCUUCAUUGCCUUCUAGAAAAUCUAAUUCUAAUUCGGUUUCUGGAUUACCUUCGCCUUCACCAGAUGGUCGUCUUACUCUCCAAGGUCGUUUGUCAGGCUCGUCAAGUUUUCCGAAUGGCGGACGAACUCAUCCAAGUCGUGUUCCUCUUCCAUCGUCUAAUCCUCGACCAGCUACAUCCCCAUUAUCAACUAUGCCACCAAUACCAAAUAAAUUUAACAUCGCUAGGAAAAGGUCAAAUAAUUCAAAUGCUCAAGUACGUUCUACAAAUUUCUUGGGAUCACAUAAUGGUCCAGGAUUAACUCCAGAACGGUGUAAGGUCUUAGCAAUCAACGAAAACAACCAUAAAAAUAUCUUAUGUACGGAACCGGAAAUCGAGCAGCUUGGAGCUAUCAUCGAUUCAAUGACUACCACCAAAUUGAAUAAAAGAAGUGCAUCCUUGCCUCGAAAUGGUAAAAAUAAGGAAGCGAUGACUCACAUGCAGUCUAAGGCUUCCCCAUCAAAUACGUCUAAACGCAGUGGAUUUUUUAAAGCACUCGGUGUAUCAGCGCGCAGUGACAGAAGUGACGUUUAA